GUCUAGGGUAGAGAGGAGGGGUCCCAGUGACCCCAGAGAGUCAGGGUGGGGUGGGGAGAGAGGAGGGUCCCCAGUUCCGGAGCCUUCCUGGAAGGACUGGGGGAGAGAGAGAGGAGGGCCCCAGAUCUGGGGUGUCCCCAGAGGGUCUGUGUGGGUAGGGGUGAUGGAGAGGAGGACCCCCAGUUUUGGUGUAUCCCCCAGUGACAGUGUCUCAUGGUGGGUGUUGCUGGGGGCAGGCAGGAGGGCAGUGGGGUUGGGGCUGCUGCAGGUGAAGCUGCUGCCCCAGGGAGCGCUGGCUCAGGGGACAGUGUGGGGUUUGGGGGUUCCUGGCAGGCUUGGGGCAUUUCCUGGGGAUGAGGGUGCUGGGAGCAGGUUUACCUGCGUGAGGGACCUUCUCCAGAAGCGCAGCGGAGCCCCAGAGCCCCUGGCCAGAGGUCUCUGCCACUGAUGUCCUUCCUGGCUGCCCCACAGAUGGCUUCGGCAGCAUGAGUGUGUGGAGAAGCUCAACAUGCAUGCCAUCCUGAGUGCCUCUGCGGGCCAGGAGCAGCUCCUCACCGAGCUGCUGGUCACCUACGCCAAGAUUCCUGUUCUCAUUGGGGAGCUGAUCUCUGUGGAGAUCUGGAAGCACAAGAUCUUUCCUGUGCUGUGCCGGCUGGAGGACUUUAAGCCGAGAAGCACCUUCCCCAUCUAUGUGGUGCUGCAUCACGAAGCCUCCAUCAUUAACCUCUUGGAGACAGUGUUUUUUUACAAGGAGAUCUGCGAGUCAGCAGAGGACAGCAUUCUGGAUUUAAUUGAUUAUUGCCACCGAAAACUGACCCUGCUCGCAGCUCGGAGCACCAACAGACAAACAGUGACCCCGGUGGAGCUUCAUGCCGAGGAUCUGGCCAGCGCCUCGUCCAUGCAGGAGCUGCAGAAGCAGGCGGAGACAAUGGAGUUUGAGAUUUCCCUGAAAGCCCUGUCCGUGCUUCGGUUCAUCACCGAUCAGGUGGAGAGUCUGCCCCUGAGCGCGCUGACACGGAUGCUGAACACCCACAACCUGCCCUGCCUCCUUGUCGAGCUGGUGGAACAUUGCCCCUGGAGCUGCCGGGAAGCAGGCAAGCUCAAGAAGUUUGAGAAUGGUGUGUGGCACGUGGUGCCCCCUGAAGACCAGGUGAAGAUGACCAAACUCGAUGGGCAGGUGUGGCUUGCCCUCCUCAACCUCCUGCUCAGCCCUGAAUGCCAGCGCAAAUACCACUUCGAUGGCUUCAACAAGAGCCAGCUCCUCAAGCUCCGUGCAUUCCUGACAGAUGUCCUCGUUGAUCAGCUGCCCAACCUGGUGGAGAUGCAGAGAUUUCUGAGCCACCUCGCAGUGACAGAGCCAGCUCCCCCCAAAAAGGAUCUUGUCCUGGAGCAGGUUCCUGUCAUCUGGGACCACAUCCUCAAGAAAAACACAGGGAAGUGGGAGGCCAUCGCCAAGCACCAGGUGAAGCGUGUCUUCAGCCCUACUGAGGAGGAGCUGAAGCUCCAGGCACGCAGGUGGGCACAGACCUACAGCCUGGAUAUGAUAGAGGCUCUGGCCCCCGACAAGCCCCGCUGCAGGGUGUGUGGCACAGAGGCGGCCAAGCGGUGCUCUCGCUGCCGGAACGAGUGGUACUGCACGCGGGCGUGCCAGGUCCAGCACUGGCAGAAGCACAAAGCUGCCUGCAACCUGAUGGCCGGGGCGCCGAGGAGCACGGACGACCUGUAAAAGAAGCAGUGACUGGCAUCUG